UUAUUGGGCUUAUUGUUGGUUAAAUAAAUGGGCUUUUAACAUUUAGGCCCAAAACUUGUAUAACAGGCGCUAGGGUUUCUCAAAAUCCUCUUAUAACCCCAACCUAGUGUUCCUUACGGUUGUUUGGCAGCUGACGACGACGGCGCGAACUUCACCGAAGAUCCAAAAUGGUGAACAUUCCGAAGACUAAGAAGACUUACUGUAAGAACAAGGAAUGCAAGAAGCAUACCUUGCACAAGGUGACCCAGUACAAGAAGGGUAAAGACAGUCUUGCUGCCCAAGGAAAGCGUCGUUAUGACCGCAAGCAAUCUGGAUAUGGUGGUCAGACCAAACCCGUCUUCCACAAGAAGGCUAAGACAACCAAGAAGAUUGUGCUGAGGCUCCAGUGCCAAACCUGCAAGCAUUUCUCCCAACACUCAAUUAAGAGGUGCAAGCACUUUGAGAUUGGUGGAGACAAGAAGGGAAAAGGAACAUCCCUCUUUUAAGUUGUUACUUCUUAUCUACUUUUUAUCUUUUGUUGGUACUUGUCUUGCUAAGACAUUCACUUACAUUUUGAAUCUUCCAGAAAUGGUUUAUGGACCUAUGAUCUUUUUAAUACAUUCGUAUGAGAUAUUGUAAACUUAGUUACAUCCCUAGUGGUGA